AUGAUGAGCUCCAUCGUGUUUUCCCCUCGUGAUUUCCUUCAAAACCCAAAAGAGUAUGUUCAAAACAUCAGAGAGUACCGCAAAUCAAGGCUAGACAUGAAACCCUACGAUGAGGUCUUCUUGGACUCCGACAGCUACUUCAAUAAGGUUGCCCAAGUCCUCAAAAGACAACGCUCAAAGGGACUGGUAGUAGUGAUUAAUCCUUAUGAGUCUGCUUGUAACGACACCGUGACUUCUUUGAGAAAGGCCUGCACUUCCAAUCAAUCUAUCACCCACUUGACCAUCCAGAUUGGAAGCAGGGAGCUAGCAUCCUUUGAGUUUCGCAACUAUGAAGCUUCUGAUGUUGCUUGGAAGAAGAGCCAGAUCCAUAAGUUGAGCAGCUCUCUACUAAGCCUGCCCUGCUUGACCCACCUCAAGAUUGACUUUUCACAUUUAGUUGUGGAUGAAGAGGGCGGUGAGCCCUUUCUGGAAGUGUUUCAGGCAUUGCCGAAGGCAAAGAGUCUAAAGAAUCUUACGGUCAACGAGUACGAGCUUCACUUGUCCGAUGACAACUACAACCUUGUUACCUCCAAAGUAGGACCGCUUGCAAAGCUUUGUCAGCCUCUGCAACACAACCUCUCGCUUGAGCAAAUUACUCUGAACUUGCAAAGUGAUAACCUUCCAAGAGAAUCACCGGCGGCGCUAAUUGUGAUGUCCUUUCAGUCUCUUCCCAAGCUCAAGAGUCUGGAGAUCACAGACCAAGCUCGAUUUGCAUCUGGCCAGGCUCAUUUGACCUGUGGUGGCAAAGACCUGCAAGAAAUCCUUCAAGCCAACACAGGACUUGAGAGUCUCAAGUUGUGGUUGGCGUACUAUGCCAACAACAACACGUGUUGGAAGGACGAAGAAAAUCUCCUGCAUGUUGGCCGCGGAUUGGAGGCCAACACUUCUUUGCAAACACUAAAAGUGGGCACAGAUCCAACUGCUUGCGCAAUUUCGGGGCAUGCAGCCAAGCAGCUGGAUGAAACAGAGCAUACAGAAGACACAGAGGAAAUGAUAUCAAAUGAGUUCUCCUUUCCUGAUUAUGCCAGCGAGAUCCAAGAGCGAGAUGACGAGUUCCUUAAUCCCGCUUGGGGCAGAAUAAAAUGCCAGCCCAAGCCACAGCAAGAACUCCUCCGUGUCUUUGAGCGAGGACAGAACUAUGAGCUUAGGGAACUUUCCCUGUUUGAUAUUGUUCUUCCUGCCAAAGUAGCUGUCUAUCUUCAACUGAAUGGCACAGGAAGGAAGCACCUUUUGGACAGCAAUGCUGGCCCGGAACAAUGGAUGUCACACAUUGUGUCGAAGCAGUCACAACUCAGUUUGGAUGCAACCUUUGAGUUGCUGCGAAUGAACCCAGCAGCCUUGCUCAGUACAGAGGCAAAGCGGCCAAAAAAGAAAGCAAAGACUUGGAGAAAGAGGGUGGCCAAGGCAAUGUGGAGACAAAAAGGAAACUCGUUGGCAGCUGGGCUGUAG